AUGUGCCACCAGGAGGAGAGUAGUGUCAGGGGCGGCAUUCUGGCCGACGAGAUGGGCAUGGGCAAGACGAUCCAGGCGAUUAGUCUCCUCUUGGCUCGGCCGAUCAAGGGGCCGUGCCUGGUGAUCUGUCCAAUGGCAGCGGUGAACCAAUGGAUGAAAGAGAUUGAGAAGUUCACGAAGAAAGGCACAUUGAAGACCUUGGUGUACCACGGCUCCGAGAAAGGCCGAGUGGCCACGCAGUUCAAGAAAUGUGAUGUUGUCAUUACAACCUACCAGACCUUAGAGUCCGAUUAUCGACGCGAAGCACACAAGCACCGAGUGAAAUGCAGGUACUGUGGAAAGCUCUUCAUGCCAGAGAAGACUGCGGCCAAGAAGGCAAUGCAAUCCAUGGGCAUUGGACCUUCUAAGAGCUCCUCCUCCACGGACACGCCCCCCACCAUCACCAACAUCUAUCGGGACUUCAUGAAGCAAGCCGGUGUUGACGUCAAGUCCAAAGGCUAUUGGAAUGUCAUGAAGGAGACUCGCGAGAGGCGUGCUGGACCGGUGAACCGAGUCGGUCACGCCGAGCGUCCGGCGGUGCCCGGUGCGGAGUUGGUGGACUUGUGCGAGAAGAAAGGCCUGGACUCCAGUGGUCGGAAACCCGAACUGGUGGACCGGCUCAUGGACUUCGCGGUGCGAGGGAAGACCGACGAACCGGUGAAGAAGGCACGGGUGGUCGCGCGCCGCGAAGCGGGUCGAGGAGAGACCGGGCGCGGAUCGCCAAAUGGUGGCUAA